AUGACGAUCGGUUCGAAGAUGGUCGUGAUCGCGUUUAUUAGUUUCCUCUUGAUUAUCGGCGUUCGUUCAGAAUUCGUGAAUACUUUUGUGGAUAGGAGAGUUAAUUUGGAAACGCAGCUGAUUAGAGUGUGGACGACGGUGAGAUUCAUCCGGCACGGUUCGGAAAGUGAGAAUAUUUACGAAUAUUUGAUCGACGAUUAUGAAGCCCAACAUUACGUCAGAUUCACGGACAGGGAUGGCUCGAUUUUGGAUCAUAAAUUAAUGAAUGAUGAAACUGUGCACGUUAAUCUAAGUAACGAACAAGAUUUGUUUCACGUCGAGGAAGUUUUUUGGAAUUGCAUUGUCGUUCUCCAAAAAAGAAAACCGUUUAGAAAACCGGAUUAUAUAAGAUACAUUGGGAAUAUUUACUAUUAUUCGCGAUACACGACGUUGCGGUACAACGUGAAGUACGUGAUCGAUACUCAUUAUUACGUGAAUAUCGAGCCGCACGUUGUCAACAAUUACACUUCUGAAUAUAAGUUUACUAAUCCGUUGGCGGCGCUUUCGAAGAAACGUAUUGAAUUUGAGAUCAUCACCAGUAAACCUUUGAUCCAUGUGAUCAGCUUGGAGCGGAUCAUUGAUGUGUCGCAUUAUGGAAGAAUUUCGAUUCAUGAACGUGUUGUUUUACAAAAUAAUGGUGCUAAAGUAAUCGGGUCAUAUAAGCCAACUGCGAAGGAAUGGUUUUACACGUUUCUGCCAUCAUCGGCGGAGGAUGUGCAUCUCUAUGAUACUCUAGGCGUGCGGUACAAUUGGAAAUUCGUCCCCAAUGAGAACUACACCAGCAUCGAAUUUCGGUCCAGGUUCCCUCUAUUAGGCGGUUGGAAGUAUAGCUAUGAUUUGUCAUACACUGUUCCUUCUUACGAGUAUUUGUACGUUACCGACGAAGCGCGCUAUCUGCUGAAGAUGAGGGUCUUCGACCAUGUACUUAACGAUGCAAUCAUCGAUUCAUUUGUGACCAAGGUUAUUUUACCGGAGAAUUCGGUGAAUUACGAUGUUUUGAAACCCGACGGAUUUCCGAGCGAUAUCAGCGAAGAAACUACAAUCACAACGCUGAGCUGUUUCGGUAGGAAGACUGUAGUCAUCGCAGGCGGUAGUGUUAUAGAGAAUCAUAUCGACGAUUUCAUCAUAGAGUAUUCGAUUGGUUGGAUCAACAUGCUGAGAGUUCCUUUAAAAUUAUCUUUAUGGCUUUACAUUGCCUUCAUCUGUAUUAUUUUUACCAUUCGAUUUUCAGCAUGGAUUUCUUUGAAGUGACUUCUGUGACCCCUUUUGUUCCUAGUCUACUGAAUUAAAUUAAAUAAAUACCUCUGAACUUU